UCUCCUUUUACCUCAUCUUCUUGGACCCCGGUCUCUCCUCGUCUCCUCCCUGAUCGAGAUACAUACACACACGUAUACUCGGUUUCAGUUAGCUAGCUAGCUAGCUACCAACCACCGGCCGGUCGUCGUCGGCGGCGGCGGCGGCGGCGCCGCGGGGGCGGCAUGGGGAGGCCGCCGUGCUGCGACAAGGUGGGGGUGAAGAAGGGGCCGUGGACGCCGGAGGAGGACCUGAUGCUGGUGUCCUACAUCCAGGAGCACGGGCCCGGGAACUGGCGCGCCGUGCCGACCAACACCGGGCUGAUGCGUUGCAGCAAGAGCUGCCGGCUCCGGUGGACGAACUACCUCCGGCCGGGGAUCAAGCGCGGCAACUUCACCGACCAGGAGGAGAAGCUCAUCAUCCACCUCCAGGCGCUACUCGGCAACCGAUGGGCGGCGAUAGCGUCGUACCUGCCGGAGAGGACGGACAACGACAUCAAGAACUACUGGAACACGCACCUCAAGAAGAAGCUCAAGAGGAUGCAGGCCGCUGGCGGUGGGGAAGACGGUGCGGCCUCGGAGGGUGGCGGCGGCGGCGGGGGGAGUGCGAAGGUGGCCGCCCCCAAGGGACAGUGGGAGCGGCGUCUGCAGACGGACAUCCACACGGCGCGGCAGGCCCUGCGCGACGCGCUUUCGCUCGAUCCCUCCCCGACGACGACGACGACGACGACGGCGAAGACGGCGCCGGCACAGCCAUCGCCGCAAGCAGGGUCGGCGGCUGCGGCGGCGGCGACGUACGCGUCGAGCGCGGACAACAUCGCGCGGCUGCUGCAGGGCUGGAUGCGGCCGGCCGGCGGCGGGGGCAAGGGCCCCGAAGCGUCUGGCUCAACCUCCACGACGGCGACGACGCAGCAGCAGCAGCAGCCUCAGUGCUCCGGGGAGGGCGCGGCCUCGGCAUCAGCCAGCCAAAGCGGCGGCGGCGCCGCCGCCGCCGCCACCGCGGCGACCGCGCAGACGCCGGAGGGCUCGACGGAGACGAGCAAGAUGGCCGGCCCCGCGCCGGCGUUCUCGAUGCUGGAGAGCUGGCUGCUCGACGACGGCGGCCUGGGGGGGCACGGCGAGGUGGGGCUCAUGGACGUGGUGCCAUUGGGGGACCCCAGUGAGUUCUUUUAAGCGUGCGUAGUACAACCAAGAAUUAAUCAAGUAGACAGCAAGAACACAAAAAAAAGGUGCAGAAAGAAAAGAAAUUCAAAGUUGCUGAGUUAAUUAAGAUGUAACUAAUCAAGCUAAUUAAAGUGCCUCCAGUUCCAUCUAGCUCGGUGAUUUAAAUCGAGUUUGGUGUUGAUGA